UAAACUUACACAAUUAUUUAACAUUUUUAAGCUAUGAAAAAGGGACAGAGUGGGAACUAGCUCAGGGAGUCAGUUCUGGGAUGUUCACAGCUGUAGGCAGCUCCGAGUGAAGUCUAUCAAUAAUUACAUUUUUUAUUUAGCAUUUUUUUUUGCAGUUAUUGAAAUAUUUAUGUCUUUUUAAAGAAGAUAUUUAUCAGGGAGAAUGAGCCAUAUCUUCAACCAUCAGCUGCCACAAAUCAAUAGUCAGUUACCCUCUUUGAACUUGGCUGGUUCUUCGUUGGUCUACCUAUAUGGAGGAGAAAGGACAGUGCUCCCAUCUUUGGGUUUCGCAGCCAAAAACGUGUUGGUAAGACAAGAGCCUCAUCAAAAGCCACCAUACAGUUAUAUUGCUCUAAUAGCUAUGGCCAUAAAGAAUGCCCCAGAUAAAAAAGUAACUCUCAAUGGCAUUUACCAGUUCAUAAUGGACCGCUUCCCCUUCUACCAUGACAACAAGCAGGGAUGGCAGAAUUCUAUCCGGCACAACCUUUCCCUUAAUGACUGCUUUGUGAAGGUGCCCAGGGAAAAGGGUCGCCCUGGCAAAGGAAGUUACUGGACUCUUGACUCUAGGUGCAUGGACAUGUUCGAGAACGGCAAUUUCAGACGCAGGAAAAGAAAGUCUAAGGUGCCAGGAUCUCAAGAGGGUAAGGAACCCAAAAGGAGCAAAGCAGCGAAUGGCGAGAAGUAUCUCCAAGGUAACGGUUUUGUUGCGCUAAUGGAAACAGAAAACGGGAUGGGAGAAAACGACGGGCUUUCCGCUGCAAGAUUAGGUUCGCUUCCUCCAACAGAAGGUUGUAAAGAGCAGAAGAAUAGCGAGCCAGGGGACACCUCUGUUCCACCCAAGAGCGAAGGUGGAAAGAACAGGCCGCCCAAGUGCAAAAACAUGUUGGCAUCCCAUGGAGAGAUUGCACAGGGAAACCUAACUGAGACCUCUUCCACCUUGCAGACAUCUGCUGUGACCGAUGGUUCGACUCCUGGUCCUGUAUUAAAACAACUCUUUUUCUCAAAGAAUCCUAUUUCAUCUGAAUGGGGCAUUCGGAUAGCUGCAUCCAAGAAAAAUACUGGAGAUAAACAUUCAAGUUGGCGAACAUCCAGUCCUCUGCCAGUCUCUGGCUCUCGGAUGAAAGCCAAGUCGACUCAAUCUAACCAGAUGGACUCUGUUACUCUAAGAUCCACUCAAAGAGCGAUAACUGGUGUGCCUUCCAGAAAUAUAGAGAAAACAAAAAACUUCAGCAUAGACAGUAUUCUGUCAAGCAAAAGCAAGCAGCAACCAUCCGAGGGCAAACAAGGAGAUGAUGAGGAAUUAGACGACUCCUCCAAGUUUGGUCUAGAGGGCAUUCUGCCUAGCAGAUACAUUAGUAAUGCUUUAUAUGACAGUUCAGCCCCCUGCCCUGCUUUUAGUUCAUCCUUACUGCUAGAUUCACAUGCUCAGAGUAGAUUUUAUCAUUUAGGGGUCCCCCUAUUUCCUUAUUUUCCUUUGACUUGUUCCGAGAGGCUUUUUCAUGUUCAGUAACACAAUUAAUACACGUGAUGAAAUAAUGCAUUAGGAAGCAUAAAAGCAUAUUUUAUUCAUUAACUAGAUUUCUGAGGUAAUAAACGAUUUCUAAAUAUAUUCAGUGAUGCACUGCUUAACUGCAUUUUGGUAGAGUCUAGCCAUGACCAGCAUCGUUUGUAUUGCCAGAUAACUACAAAAAUUGCAGCUUUUUGUAUUCUGUGACAGAUUGUAGCAAGCUUACUCAGGGCAGAGGUUAUUUGUUGCGUUUUACCGGAGAUUAUGGCUAUAACAAAUAUAAUGCACACACUACAUGCAGCCUGCAAAACUGUAGUGGAAAUUAACAAGUUUCCGCACGUGUGGACUUUUUAGAGUUGUAUUGCGUUACAUUGUAUCUACAAUAAAUACCAUAAUUCAUAUGUAACUGUCUCUGUGUGUGCUACAAGUUAAGUGAGAGGAAAGUAGUUUGCAAACCUUUUCAGAGCUGCACCGCAUCCUAACCUUCUAUACUUGAAGUAGGCACCUUCGGUACUGUGGAAUUUUGUUUUAUAACAAUUUAUAGGUGCCGAGAUUUAUUUAGUAUAGGAUGUUUAAACUGGCUUAUGAUAAAUUGUUCUGACCAGUCAUUGUAAGAACAAAAGGGUUUACAUGAUUAAAUUAAAUUUACUCA